AUGUAUCGAUUGCCGCUGCUAAUAGCACUCGUGUGCGGUCAAUCGCAGGCACUCUACGGUGGCAAGGAGAUCGAAAUCGAGACGGCGGCCUACCAAGUGAGCAUACACGAGAGGUCACACUUGGCCUGCGGUGGCAGCAUCCUGAACAAAGACUACGUGCUCACCGUCGCUAGCUGCGUCGAUGCAUUCGUCGAAAAUUUCAAAGUGCGCGCCGGCUCGAAGGACCCGAACGCCAAUGGCUCUGUACACGAAAUCGUCCAGCUCUAUAGACAACACGACAACGAGCCCGGCAACGAUCUCCUACUUUUGCGAGUGAAACCGUCCUUUGAGCUGGACUCCACGCGUCGAGCUAUCAAGCUCGUUAGCGCGGACUACAGACUGAAAGCCAACGAAAGCUUACGUGUGACCGGUUACGGUUACACCGACGGCUACGUUCCGUCCAGCAAGCUACGCUCGAUCGACACACGCUCGACAUUGUUGGAAGACUGCGUGAAAAGAUACGCGGAUCGCUUGCAGGACAUUUUCCCAGGAAUGAUGUGUACCGACGGCAGUGAUUUUCAAAGCAGCUCGUGCAGCUACGACUCUGGCAAUCCCGUCACUUUGGGCGAUGGAAGACUCGUCGCUGUAACGUCGUCCAGGCAUUCGUGUGGUAACGAGGCUCAACCGGAUGUUCACGUGCUCGUCGCCAGAGCAAUCAAGUGGAUCGCAAUUUUCACGAGCGCCUCAAGUCUGUGA